CAAAGCUGUUCCUGUUUAUUCAGACGCUGCACGACUAAGGAAGCACAAUGGUUGCUGGAAUGUUAAUGCCCUUGGACAACCUGAAGGCCAUCUAUGAGCAUCUGUUUCGGGAUGGCGUCAUGGUGGCCAAGAAAGACAAGCGGCCUCAGACCAAACACCCUGAGAUUCCUGGCGUGGAUAACCUUCAGGUGAUAAGAGCCAUGGGCUCACUGAAGUCCAGGGGGUAUGUCAGGGAGACCUUUGCAUGGAGGCAUUACUACUGGUACCUCACUAACGAAGGGAUUGUCUACUUGCGUGAUUACCUGCAUUUGCCUCCUGAAAUCGUUCCCACACCGCUGCAGAGAGUACGACGGCCAGCUGCCACUCUGGCCAUCGCCCGCAGGGCAGAACAGGUUCAAGUGGUUCAGGGUCCAACAUCUUAUGUUCCCAAACCUGGCAGGAUGGGUGCAGAAAAGCAAGAGGCUUUACUGGAUCGACAGGAGUAUCGUCGCAAAAUAGCGAGAAUGGAUGAGGCUGAAAUGACUGAAUCCAAUGAGAGAACACCAAGAUUUAGAGGUCGUCCAAUGGCUAGCGCUCAGAUCAGACCCAGGGAAUCCAAAGAGCAGCCCAUGCUUUCUGAUACUCGCGAUUACACCAAAGAGAUGGAACCAAGUGUUAGGAGGAAGGUUGCUAUGCAUUUGGUCUCCAAAAUACCUCCUAUUGAAACGCACCAUGCCAAGCCAGUUGAACAGGAAAAGAUGGUGGAACUCAAGGAAUGCACCAAGACGGCAUUUGUUCAGAAAACACAAAAGGUUUAUGUGAGCCAAGAUGUGCCAACCAUUUCUUCAAACGUGGGCGCAACAGCAGUGGAAUCCUCUUUGUUUUCUGAAGCAGUCAAAGAAAAGCCCAAAGAAGAAGUGUCUAUAAAGGUCUCACGUGAAACAACAUCCACAGCAGCUGGAGAUAGAAAAACGGCUAAGGAUGCUCGUCAUCCUACCCCCUUAAAACCGAAGGUGGAGAAAAGACAGAAAACUACUGUGACGAAAAAUGUGCAGGAUGUGCCUGCUGUUUCAUCAGCAAUGGAAACCUCUGUAUUUUCGGUCCAUACUGAAGCAGUCAAAGAAAAGCCCAAGGAAGAGGUAUUUGUCAAGGUCUUCCAGCAAACCACAUCCACUAAAACAGCUAAAGAUGCUCCUCAACCCACUGCCUCAAAACUGAAGGUGGAGAAAACACAGAAAACUACUGUAGCCAAAAAUGUGCAGGAGGCUUCAUCAACAGUUGAGGCAACAUCAGGCGAAUCCUCUGUGUCUGCUGUUCCUACUGAAGCAGCAAAAGAAAAGCCCAAGGAAGAGGUGUUUAUUAAGAUCUCUAAGGAAACCACAUCCACAGUUGCAUAUACUAGCAAAAUUGCUAAAGAUGCUCCUCGACCUACUCCCUUAGAACAAAAGGUGGAGAAAACACAGCAAACCUUGGUGACAAAAAAUGUGCCAGCUGUUUCAUCAGCAGUGGAGACAACUGCAGUGAAAUCCUCUGUCUUUACUGAAGCAGUCAAAGAAAAGCCCAAGGAAGAAGUGUGUGUCAAGGUCACGUCCAAAACAGACAAGGAUAGCAAAUCAGAUAAGGAUGCUUCUCAUCCUAUUCCUUUGAAACCAAAAGUGGAGAAAACGCAGAAAACCACAAAGACAAAAAAUGUGCAGGAUAUACCAACUGUGGAGGCAACAGCAGUGCAGUCCACUAUAUUUCCUGUCUUUGCUGAAGCAACUGAAGAAAAGCCUAAGGAAAAAGUGGAGACCACACCCAAAGGUGACAGCAAAAUAGAUAAGGAUGCUACUUGUCCUACUCUGUCAAAAUCAAAGGUGGAGAAAACGCAGCAAGCCCCAGUGACCAAAAAUUUGCAGGAUGUGGUAACUGUUUCAUCAGCAGUGGAGACAACUGCAGUGAAAUCCUCUGUCUCUGCUAAAGCAGUCGAAGAAAAGCCCAAGGAAGAAAUGUGUGUCAGUGUCUCCCAGGAAACCACACCCAAAGGCGAUGGCAAUAUAGAUAAGGAUGCUUCUCAUCUUAUUGCAUCAAAACCAAAAGCGGAGAAAACACAGAAAACCACAAAGGCCAAAAAUGUGCAGGAUAUAACAACCAUUUUAUCAACAGCAGUGCAAUCCUCUGAAGGUUCUGUCUCCGCUGAAGCAGUCAAAGAAAAGCCAAAAGAAGACGUCUUUAUGAAAGUCUCCCAGGAAAUUGUAUUCACAGUAACUGAUGAUAGUAAAAUGACUAAGGAUGCUCCUCAUCCUACUCCGUCAAAACCAAAGGUGGAGGAAACCCAGAAAACUAAAAAUAUGCAGGAUGUGGCAGCUGCUGCUUCUUCAGCAGUAGAGACAACUGAUGCUAAAUCCUCUGUCUCUACUGAAGCAGUCAAAGAAAAGCCCAAGGAAGAAGUGUGUGUCAGUGUCUCUCAAGAAACCACAUCCAAAGGUGAUAGCAAAGAGGAUAAGGAUGCUCCUCGUCCAUCAAAACCAAAAGUGGAAAAAAUGCAAAAAAACACAAGGACCAAAAAUGUGCAGGUUAUACCAACCAUUUUAUCAACAGCAGUGCAAUCCUCUGCAGUUUCUGUCUCUACUGAAGCAGUCAAAGAAACGACUAAGAAAGAUGUGUGUAUUAAUGUCUCUGUAGAAACCACACCCACAAUCGAUAGCAAAAUGCAUAAGGAUGCUCCUCAUCCUUAUUCAUCAAAACCAAAAGUGGAGAAAGCACAGAAAACCAUGCUGACCAAAAAUGUGCAAGAACAACCAAUCAAGACAGACGUUACAAAUCAGACCUCCAUUGCACCGCAUGAUGUGCCUGCUGUUCAUGUCGAUGAGACGAAGUCAACUACCUCCAUUAGCACCCAGCUGCCUGUCAAAUCUCUAGAAUCAGCAGCACCACCUCUCCCUAAGAAGGAAGAUUUGUCAAAACACAUCGCUGAAAAGAAAUCAGAGAUUAAUCUGCCACUGCAGGUCUCUGUAGAGAAGACAGCAUCUAGCACUGAUUUGCAAAUGAUUGACAAACAACAGAAAGCACUUGGUUCCCAAAAAACAAAGGAUGUCCAAGGAGCACCUAAAGAUGACAACACUCGUCCUUUGAAAGUUCAUGAAAAGGUGGAGAUUCCUUGUGCCAUUUCUACAGCUGAGGUCAAGGCAGAGGUUAAAGGUCGCAAGCCUUAUCUCAGCCCUGAAUUUCAGUCCCCGUCUACAGCUGCUGAAGUAAAGAUGACCACAGCUGACUCCAGCAAGACUGCAGAAGUCCAAGCGCAAACACCUAAGAAAUUGGAAUCUGAUACAGAUUCUGAUUCUGUAUUACCAGCAAAACUGACUGAGGAGCCUGUAGUCACUACAGCUGCAAAAGACGGAGAUACAGAGGAUGCCCCAAAGCCUUCGAAAGGAAAGAAGAAAAAGAAGAAUUCUGCAAACAAAACUUCAGCUGGAAAACUAGUCCCACCGCCUAUAGCUGAGACAAAGGUAAAAGAGCUAAAGACCGAGAAUGCUGGUCAGGUUGACCUUCUAAUGAUCGAGGGCCCAACAAAUGAUUCUGCAAAGACAUCCCCUGAGGGAAUGCACGCUGUGGAGAGCGUGCAGCCAACAGCUGUACAGAAUGAGGCCCCGGCUCACAAAGGGGAGGUGGAGCCUGCACAGCCCUUGCCUGAAAAACGGGAGGUUCUGAAAGGAAAAACAUCCUCCUCGCAGAGACAGUGGGAAGCACCAGCAGCCUCAGCGUCAGCAGCAGCCUCUGCCCAGCUCAGCCCCCUCCCCGAGCAGGGGGAACCUCCCAGAGUUGCACAACACACGCCUGUUCCUGACACACAGCAGAGCUCAGAGAAGCAGAGCAGACUUUCGGAUAGCAAGGCCCCUGCACAGCCUAUCAUCUCUGACCCUCUUCCUGCCGACGAGAACACCUGCGACGCGCAAGAGCAGUCCGUAGACGACGCCAUGCGGAAGAAGAUCGUUGUGGUAGAGGAAGUGAUUGAAGUGCAACAGAUUGCUAGUCCUGUUGCAGACCAACCUGUUACACCCCAAGUGCCAGAGAUCGCAGGAGAUGAAUUGGACUACGAUGUCUUGGAAGAACUGGCCAUAGAGCGUGGCCUCCUGCAGGGUGCCGUUGAAGAGAUUUGCUGGGAUCAUUCACUCCAAGAGCCCGAGGAGAAAUCCUUCCCCAAAUUCAUAGAAGAUGAACGGGACAGAGUGCAGAAGAAGACUUUCACAAAAUGGGUGAACAAACACUUAAUAAAGCACCGGAGAGCUGAGACUCAGCGUCAUGUGAAUGACCUGUAUGAAGAUCUCCGAGAUGGACAUAACCUGAUCUCCCUUCUGGAGGUCCUCUCCGGAGAGACGCUGCCUCGCGAGAGAGGACGCAUGCGAUUCCACAAACUGCAGAAUGUGCAGAUAGCACUGGAUUUCCUCCGACACCGGCAGGUCAAGCUGGUGAAUAUCAGGAACGAUGACAUUGCAGACGGGAACCCAAAGCUGACGCUGGGUCUCAUAUGGACCAUCAUCCUGCACUUCCAGAUUUCAGAUAUCCAGGUGAACGGUCAGUCAGAUGAUAUGUCAGCGAAGGAGAAGCUGCUCCUCUGGUCUCGGCGGAUGGUGGAGGGUUACUCUGGUAUCCGCUGCGAUAACUUCACCACUAGCUGGAGGGACGGAAAGCUCUUCAAUGCUGUUAUACACAAACACGAGCCCAGGUUUAUUGACAUGGGGAAGGUGUACCGCCAAUCCAAUCUGGAGAACCUGGAACAGGCCUUUUCAGUGGCAGAGCGAGAGCUUGGGGUCACACGACUGCUUGACCCAGAGGAUGUGGAUGUGCCUCAUCCUGAUGAGAAGUCCAUCAUCACCUAUGUGUCCUCCCUUUACGACGCUAUACCCCGUAUCCCAGACGUCCAGGACGGCGUCAGAGCCAAUGAGCUGGAGCUGCGCUGGCAGGAGUAUUACGAGCUGGUCACCGUUCUUCUCCAGUGGAUCAGACAUCAUGUACUCAUCUUCGAGGAGAGGAAGUUUCCCAGCAGCUAUGAGGAGGUCGAGAUUCUGUGGCGUCAGUUUCUGAAAUUUAAAGAAACAGAGCUUCCCGCAAAAGAGUCGGACAAGAGCCGCUCCAGACACCUCUACCAGUCCUUUGAGAGCGCGGUCCAGGCUGGUCAGGUCAAGGUUCCUCCUGGUUAUCAUCCCAUUGACGUUGAGAAGGAAUGGGGGCGUCUACAUGUGGCUAUUCUGGAGAGGGAGAGACUGCUCCAGAUAGAGUUUGAGAGGUUAGAGCGUCUCCAGCAGAUCGUCAGUAAAGUGCAGAUGGAAUCAGGCAUGUGUGAGGAACAGCUCAACCAGACUGAGUCUCUACUGCAGACGGAUAUCCGUCUCCUGAGUGCCGGGAAACCAGAGCAGCACACGGUUGAGCUGGAAAGGGAUCUGGACAAAGCCGACGGCAUGAUCCGGCUCCUCUUCAACGACGUUCAGCUGCUCAAAGACGGGCGCCACGUGCAGGCGGAGCAGAUAUAUCGCAGGGUCUACCGCUUACACGAGCGCUUGGUGAACUUGCGCAGCGACUACAAUCUGAGGCUCAAGCCCAGCGUCAGCACGGCCUCUCACGUCUCCAUCACACACAUUACCCAGAAGCCUGUGCAGCGCGUGCGGCCCGAGCUCGAUGAGGUCACGCUCCGUUACGCGCAGGACCUGUUAUCCUGGGUGGAGGAGAACCAGCGGCGGAUCGAUACGGCCGAGUGGGGCAUCGAUCUUCCCUCUGUGGAGUCUCAGCUGGGCAGCCACAGAGGACUUCACCAAACCAUCGAGGACUUCAAGGCUAAGAUCGAGCGUGCACGAACAGACGAGAACCAGCUCUCGCCUGCAAGUAAAGCCACAUACAGAGAAUAUCUGGGCAAACUGGAUCUGCAGUACAACAAACUGCUGAACUCCUCCAAGUCCCGUCUGAGAAAUCUUGACCAGCUGUAUAACUUCGUCAGCGCCGCCACCAAGGAACUGAUGUGGCUCAAUGACAAAGAGGAAGAGGAGGUCAACUACGACUGGAGUGAGCGCAACACCAACAUGGCUGCAAAGAAAGAGAACUACUCAGGACUCAUGCGAGAACUGGAACUUAGAGAGAAGAAAAUCAAUGGCAUCCAGGCCAGUGGAGACAGACUCAUUAAAGACGGACAUCCAGGCAAGAAGACUGUUGAGGCGUUCACCGCAGCUCUGCAGACGCAGUGGAGCUGGCUCCUCCAGGUGUGCUGUUGCAUUGAAACUCAUCUCAAAGAAAACACUGCAUACUUCCAGUUCUUUGCUGAUGUGAGAGAUGCUGAGGAGAGGAUGAAGAAGAUGCAGGAGACCAUGAAGAAGAAGUACAUGUGUGACCGCACCACCACUGCCACUCGUCUGGAGGAUCUACUGCAGGACGCUGUUGAGGAAAGAGAGCAGCUGAACGAGUUCAAAUCUGACAUCGGUGGUCUGAACAAGAGAGCCAAGUCCGUCGUCCAGCUGAAGCCGCGCGAUCCCACCAGCCCCUUCAGAGGCAAGCUGCCCUAUCAUGGGAAAAAAGCUAGUCAACGAACAUCUUUCGUUAUAAUCACCGUGCACAAGGGCGACGAGUGCGCGCUCAUCAAUAACUCACAGCCCUUCAGGUGGACGGUUCUGAACCGCUCGGGAAAUGAGGCCGUUGUGCCGUCCAUCUGCUUCCUCGUGCCACCCGUCAACAAGGAGGCUGUCGAGAACGUGUCCAGUCUGGAGGCCGGUCACCAGCAGACUCUGGCUCUGUGGCAGAAGCUUCACACUGACCUCAGGAGUCUGCUGUCCUGGCAAUACCUGAUGAAAGACAUCCAUCUCAUCCGCUCCUGGAACAUCACUAUGUUCAAGACGAUGAAGACAGACGAGUACCAGCUGAUGCUGAGGAACCUCCAGCUGCACUAUCAGGACUUCCUCAAAGACAGGCAGGACUCCAAGCUUUUCGAUUCCAGUGACAACAUGCAGAUCGAGAGGGACUAUAAGGAGACCGUACAGCAUUACGACAGCCUGCUCCACACCCUGGAGAAAGGAGCAGCUGUCAGAGCGCAGGGCGAGCAGGAUGAAUCCAUAUGCAAGUCAUACAUCACCCAAAUCAAAAACCUGCGCCUGCAGAUCGAAGACUGUGAGUCUCGUACGGUGGCCCGUAUCCGGCGACCAGUGGAUAAAGAUCCGCUCAGAGACUGCAUGCAGAAGACUGCUGAUCAGAGAAAAGUGCAAAUGGAGCUGGAAGGAAUUAAGAAUAACCUGGACCGAGUGUCUCAGAAAGCUGAGGAGGUGCUGUCCUCUCCGGAGCAGUCCAGCACUCCAGUCCUGCGCUCAGAGCUGGACAUCACCCUGCAGAAGAUGGACCAAACCUACAACCUGUCCUCAGUCUACCUGGAGAAACUUAAGACAAUAGAAGUUGUGAUCCAGAACACACAAGGGACAGAAGAUGUGGUGAAGAAAUAUGAGAAUCGCCUGCGUGAGGUUCACACGGUCCCUACAAACGUCCAGGAGGUGGAGAACUACGGCUCUGAGCUCAAGCGAAUGCGUUCAGAUGCAGAAACCCAGCGGCCCGUGUUUGAUGACAUGGAGAGUGAGCUGGCCAAGGCCACGGCGGUCAACCAGCGCAUGCUUCAGGUUCACAGCGAGCGGGACACCGAGCUGGAUCACUACCGGCAGCUCCUAGGCACCCUGCAGGACCGCUGGCGCACCGUCUUUGCUCAGAUCGACCUGCGUCAGCGCGAGCUCGAGCAGCUGGGCCGGCAGCUGGGCUACUACAGGGAGAGCUACGACUGGCUCAUCCGCUGGAUCGCAGAUGCCAAACAGCGGCAGGAGAAGAUCCAGGCCGUGCCUAUAAUCGACAGCAAGACGCUCAAAGAGCAACUGGCACAGGAGAAGAAACUGCUUGAAGAGAUUGAGAAAAACAAAGAGAAAGUUGAAGAGUGCCAGAAAUACGCCAAAGCUUACAUCGAUACCAUUAAGGACUAUGAACUUCAACUGGUUGCCUACAAAGCUCAGGUCGAACCUCUGACUUCUCCUUUGAAGAAAACCAAGAUGGAGUCUGCCUCUGAUAACAUCAUUCAAGAGUAUGUCACUCUGAGAACUCGCUAUAGUGAGCUGAUGACGCUGACCAGUCAGUACAUCAAGUUCAUCACAGACACGCAGCGGCGCAUCGAGGACGAGGAGAAAGCUACUGAGAAACUAAAAGCAGAAGAGAGGAAAAAAAUGGCUGAGAUGCAGGCAGAGUUAGAGAAACAGAAGCAGCUAGCUGAAGCUCAUGCCAAGGCCAUUGCCAAAGCGGAGAAAGAGGCACAGGAGCUCAAGCUCAUGAUGCAAGAGGAGGUUAGCAAACGAGAGAUUGUUGCUGUGGAUGCUGAAAGGCAAAAACAGAACAUCCAGCUGGAGCUGCACGAGCUCAAAAACCUCUCCGAACAACAGAUCAAAUCAAAGAGCCAACAAGUGGAGGAGGCUUUACAAAGCCGGGUUAAGAUAGAGGAAGAGAUCCGCGUCAUAAGACUUCAGCUGGAAACUACAUUGAAGCAAAAGUCCACUGCAGAGAACGAGCUCAGACAGCUUAGAGACAAGGCUGCAGAGGCAGAGAGACUUCGCAAAGCUGCUCAGGAAGAGGCUGAGAAACUUCACAAGCAGGUUAACGAGGAGACUCAGAAGAAGCGGAUGGCGGAGGAAGAGUUGAAGCUGAAGUCUGAAACAGAGAAAGAUGCUGCCAGGCAGAAGCAGAAAGCCCUGGAUGACCUUGCGAAGCUCAAGAUGCAGGCAGAGGAGGCAGAAAGACACAUGAAGCAGGCUGAGAUCGAGAAAGACAGACAAAUCAAGCUCGCUCAAGAUGUAGCUCAGAAAAGUGCUGCUGCUGAGCUGCAGAGCAAGCGCAUGUCCUUUGUCGAGAAGACAUCCAAACUUGAGGAGUCGCUCCGAGAGAAGCACGGGGCUGUCGUGCAACUGCAGGAGGAGGCAGAACGCCUCAAGAAGCAACAGGAAGAGGCAGACAAAGCAAGGGAGGAGGCUGAGAAGGAGCUUGAAAAGUGGAGGCAAAAAGCCAAUGAAGCCCUUCGUCUAAGGCUCCAGGCAGAGGAAGAAGCCCACAAAAAGACUCUUGCACAGGAAGAUGCUGAAAAACAGAAAGACGAGGCUGAGCGUGAGGCCAAAAAAAGGGGCAAAGCUGAAGAGUCUGCCCUGAAACAGAAAGACAUGGCCGAGCAAGAGCUGGAGCGGCAGAGGAAGCUGGCAGAGAGCACAGCGCAACAGAAGCUAUCCGCAGAGCAGGAGCUGAUCCGCUUGAGGGCUGAUUUUGAUCAUGCCGAGCAACAGAGAUCAGUGCUCGACGAUGAACUGUACCGUCUAAAGAAUGAUGUUAGUGCUGCAGAGCAGCAGCGGAAGCAGCUUGAAGAUGAGCUUUCCAAAGUUAGAAGUGAAAUGGACAUACUUUUGCAGCUGAAGUUUAAAGCUGAAAAGGACAGCAUGUCCACCACUGAAAAGAGUAAACAACUCUUGGAAGCUAAAGCUGCUAAACUGAGGGAUCUUGCAGACGAAGCAGCCAAGCUCCGUGCCAUUGCUGAAGAGGCAAAGAGACAGAGGCAGGUGGCUGAGGAAGAAGCAGCGAGACAGAGAGUGGAAGCUGAGAGAAUUCUCAAAGAGAAACUUGCUGCCAUUAAUGAGGCCACUCACUUGAAAACUGAAGCAGAGAUUGCUCUAAAAGAAAAAGAGGCAGAAAAUGAACGCCUGAGAAGGAAAGCUGAGGAUGAGGCUUACCAGAGAAAAUCUCUUGAAGAUCAGGCAAGCCAGCACAAGCAAGACAUUGAUCAGAAGAUCGAACAACUCAAGAAGUCCUCUGAAAUGGAAUUAGACAGACAGAAAUCAAUUGUGGAUGAAACUCUCAAACAGAAAAGAAUAGUUGAAGAGGAGAUUCGUAUCUUGAAAGUUAACUUUGAGAAGGCUUCAUCUGGCAAGCUUGAUUUGGAGCUUGAACUGAAUAAGCUGAAGAAUAUUGCAGAGGAAACACAACAAAGCAAACUGCGAGCUGAAGAGGAAGCCGAGAAGCUGCGCAAGCUUGCCCUUGAAGAAGAAAACAGAAGAAGGGAGGCUGAAGAAAAACUUAAAAAGAUUACUGCCGCAGAGCAGGAAGCAGCUCGACAGCGCCAGGUUGCUCAAGAAGAAGUGGAGCGUCUCAAAAGGAAAGCUGAUGAGGCCAGAAAGCAAAAAGAAGAUGCUGAUAAAGAAGCUGAGAGGCAAAUACUCGCUGCAAAAGAGGCUGCUGAGAAAGCAAUUACAGCUGAGCAGCAAGUCCAAAGUGUUCUUGUUCAGCAGAAAGAGGACAGCCUGGUACAGAAAAGGCUCAAGGAGGAGUUUGAGAAAGCCAAAAAGCUUGCCCAAGAAGCGGAAAAGGCCAAAGAAAAGGCAGAGAAAGAGGCUGCCCUACUCCGCCAACAAGCAGAAGAUGCAGAGCAUCAGCGUCAGGCUGCUGAGGUUGAAGCAGCCAAUCAGGCCAAAGCCCAAGAAGCCGCUGAGAGGCUCAGAAAAGAGGCAGAGCUAGAGGCAGAAAAGCGUGCCCAGGCAGAGUCAGCAGCACUGAAACAGAAACAGCUAGCUGAUGAGGAGAUGGCUAGGCACAAGACACUUGCAGAGCAGACACUUAAGCAGAAGUCUCAGGUUGAGCAAGAGCUCGCUAAAGUGAAACUGCGGUUGGAUGAGACAGACAAACAGAAGACUCUCCUAGAUGAUGAGCUUCAUCGCCUAAAGGACGAGGUCAGCGAUGCUGUUAAACAGAAAGCCCAGGUAGAGGAGGAACUGUUCAAGGUCAAGAUUCAAAUGGAGGAGCUCAUCAAACUCAAGCUCAGAAUUGAAGAGGAGAACCAACGUCUCAUCCAGAAGGACAAAGAUAAUACUCAAAUAUUCUUGGCUGAGGAGGCUGAGAACAUGAAAAAACUUGCAGAGGACGCUGCCAGGCUCAGCAUUGAGGCCCAGGAGACUGCUCGCAUGAGACAUAUUGCAGAGACUGACCUUGCCGAGCAAAGAGCACUUGCUGAAAAGAUGCUUAAAGAAAAGAUGCAAGCCAUUCAGGAGGCCUCUAAACUUAGAGCAGAGGCAGAAAUGCUACAGAGACAGAAAGACCUUGCCCAAGAGCAAGCUCAAAAGCUGCUUGAAGACAGACAACUGAUGCAGCAACGGCUUGAGGAGGAAACUGAGGGCUUCCAAAAAUCGUUGGAGGCUGAGCGCAGAAGACAGUUGGAGAUAACAGCUGAGGCAGAGAAACUUAGACUUCAGGUGUCCCAGCUCAGUGAUGCUCAGUCUAGAGCUGAGGAGGAAGCCAAGAAAUUCAAGAAGCAGGCAGAUGAGAUUAAUGCCCGACUUCAUGAGACCGAGCUUGCCACCAAAGAGAAAAUGACAAUUGUUGAAACAUUGGAAAUACAGAGAUUGGGCAGUAACAAAGAAUCAGAUGACUUGCGCAAAGCCAUUGCUGAUCUUGAGAAAGAGAAGUCAAAAUUGAAAAAAGAGGCUGAAGAGUUACAGAAAAAGUCCAAAGAGAUGGCGAAUGCUCAGCAAGAACAAAUUAAACAGGAGAAAACAUUUCUCCAGCAGACAUUUAUGUCAGAAAAGGAGAUGCUGCUGAAGAAGGAAAAACAAAUUGAGGAUGAAAAAAAGCGGUUAGAGAGCCAAUUUGAAGAAGAGGUCAAAAAGUCAAAAGCCCUUAAGGAUGAGCAGGAACAUCAAAAAAAACAAAUGGAGGAUGAGAAGAAUAAACUGAAGGCCACUAUGGAUGCUGCUCUGAUAAAACAGAAAGAGGCUGAACAAGAGAUGCUCAACAAGCAGAAAGAGAUGCAAGAACUUGAGAGGAAAAGGCUUGAACAAGAAAGGGUUCUUGCUGAGGAAAACCAGAAACUGCGUGAGAAACUUCAGCAGCUUGAGGUUGCUCAAAAAAUCACCCAGGAGAUUCACAUCCAGACAGAAUGCAAAGAAGUCCUCAAUGGUCAAAGUAUUUCUGAUGAAGUUGACAGCACACAUGGCUUCUCUCCAUUAUCCUUCGAUGGCAUUCGUGAGAAGGUGCCUGCAAGUAGACUUUUUGAAAUAGGACUUUUAAGCAAAAUGGAUUAUGAUAAGCUCCAGAGCGGUGACACCACAAUCGAAGAACUCAGCCAGACAGACAAACUUAAAACAGUUAUUCGGGGCAAGAACUGCAUUGGUGGCCUGCUUGUGCAUCCAAAUCAAAAAAUGCCCAUCUAUCAAGCCGUCAAGGAGAAGAAGAUUGCUCCUGGGACGGGGCUAGUGCUGCUGGAGGCACAGGCUGCUUCUGGAUACAUAAUAGACCCAGUUAAAAACAAGAAACUCUCUGUCAAUGAGGCAGUUAAAGAGGGUCUAAUUGGACCUGAACUUCACAACAAGAUGCUGUCUGCGGAGAGAGCUGUCACUGGCUACAAGGAUCCAUACACAGAGGCAAAGAUCUCCCUCUUUGAAGCUAUGAAGAAGGGUCUCAUUGGGGAGGAUCAUGCCAUCAGGUUGCUUGAGGCUCAGAUAGCAACAGGUGGCAUUAUUGAUCCAGUCAAUAGUCAUCGUGUGCCAAAUGAAAUAGCUUAUAAGCAGGGUCAGUUUGAUGCAGCCACCAAUAAAAUCCUACAAAAUCCAACAGACGAAGUCAAGGGAUUCUAUGAUCCAAACACCCAAGAAAAUCUGAUGUACCAACAGCUACUAGAAAGGUGUGUCACUGAUCCAGGAACAGGACUUCUACUUUUGCCCAUUUCUGAGGAGGCUGCUCAAAAUGCCAGGAUAUUCACAGAUGAGGAAACAAGAGAUGUGUUUGACAAGACAACUGUGUCUGUGCCAUUCGGCCGUUUUAAAGGAAAGACUGUGACCAUAUGGGAGAUUAUAAACUCUGAGUACUUCACUGAAGACCAGAAAAAAGAUCUUAUCCGCCAGUACAAAACGGGAAAAAUUACAGUUGAAAAGAUCAUCAAAAUUGUCCUAACUGUGGCAGAGGAAAAAGAGAAAAAGAAUGAGCUUGCCUUUAAUGGCCUGAGAGCACCUGUACCUGCUACAAAACUUCUUGAAUCAAAAGUUAUUGACAAAGAUCUCUAUAACAAGUUGCAGAAAGGACAACUGCUGGUAAAAGAUGUGUCUGAGAUGGAGCAUGUGCGCAGUGCUUUGAAAGGCUCUAACUGCAUUGCUGGAGUAAUUAUAGACUCAACCAAACAAGCAAUGUCCCUUUAUGAUGCCAUGAAAAGAGACACGAUGAGACCUGGGCCUGCUCUUAAUCUCUUGGAAGCACAAGCUGCCACGGGAUAUAUCAUAGAUCCUGUUAAAAACCAAAAACUUACAGUAGAUGAGGCUGUCAAAGCAGGUGUUGUUGGUCCAGAACUUCAUGAAAAACUGCUGUCUGCAGAGAGAGCUGUCACAGGCUAUAAAGAUCCUUACACUGGAAAAACAAUUUCUCUGUUCGAGGCUAUGAAGAAAGACCUGAUCAUGAAGGAACAAGGAAUUCGACUGCUUGACGCACAACUGGCAACCGGAGGCAUCAUUGAUCCUGUUCAAAGUCACCGUAUUCCACAUGACAUUGCCUGCACAAAGGGCUGCUUUGAUGAUGCAACCCAGAAGUUUUUGAGCAGCCCAAGUGAUGACAUUAAGGGAUACUUUGACCCAAACACUCAGGAAUAUCUCACAUAUCCACAGCUUUAUAAACGAUGUGUCACUGACAAAAAGACUGGCCUUCAGCUUCUGCCUUUGUCUGAACAAGCUAUCAAUGCCAAAGAGGAGAUGAAGUACACUGAUGCCCAGACCAAAGACGCAAUGACUCAGGCAACUGUUGAACUUCAAAGUGGACCAUUCAAAGGGAGAAAAGUUACCUUAUGGGAGCUCAUUAACUCUGACUAUAUCACUGAAGAGCAAAGGCUUGACCUAAUAAGGCAAUACAGAUCUGGGAAAAUGACAAUUGAGAAGAUUAUAAAGGUUUUAAUUGAAAUUGUUACUAAGAAAGAUGCCAAGAAACAAGAAGAGGGCUGCUUUAAGGGACUUAGGGCGCCAAUUCCAGCCAAGUCAUUAUUUGACUCCAAAAUCAUUGAUAAGUCUACCUAUGAUUUGCUGGAACAAGGUAAAAAGACUCCAAAAGAGGUCAGCAAAAACGCUUCAGUCAGCAAGUAUCUCCAAGGCUCUGAGAGCAUUGGUGGACUUUACCUUGAGCCUACAAAAGAGAAAGUUAGCAUCUACCAAGCAAUGAAAAGGAAAUUCCUCAGACAGAACACAGCUAUUGCCUUGCUUGAAGCUCAAGCUGCCACAGGAUUCAUUGUGGAUCCAUCAAGAAAUGAAUGUCUCACUGUGGAUGAUGCUGUUAAAGCAGGUCUUGUUGGCCCAGAGCUUCAUGAGAAACUUCUCUCUGCUGAAAAAGCUGUCACUGGAUAUAAAGACCCAUUCACAAGCAAUAAGAUAUCCCUAUAUCAAGCCAUGGACAAAGACCUCAUCCCCAAAGAACAUGCCAUGCCUCUCUUGGAGGCGCAACUGGCAUCUGGUGGAAUUAUUGAUCCAGUAAACAGUCAUCGUAUUCCUGUUGAGACUGCAAUCCAGCGUGGAUAUGUUACCAAACAGCUGGCUAGCAGCAUUGCUGAAAGCAAGUACUUCUCUGACCCUGCAUCUGAUGAGAAUGUAUCAUACAAACAGUUGAAAGACAAGUGCAUGGCAGAUCCUGAUACAGGCUUACAUCUACUAAAGCUCUCCAAACCACAGGCCCCAACGGUUGUGGAGAAGACAUACCUUUACAGUGAAGAACAAAGCCAGAGUGAUCUAUCCAAUACCCAGAUUGACCUACCCAUUGAAGGUCAGGGCUCUAUGUCUCUCUGGGAUGUCAUGAAUUCAAAUCUACUACCUGAAGAUCAGAGGGCUCGGGUUCUAGAAGAAUAUCGUUCUGGCAACAUAACAAAGGAACGAAUGAUUAUCAUUAUAAUUGAGAUUCUGGAGCAGAGAGAGAUCAUUAAAGGGGGGAGCACCCAGACCGGCAGCACAAGUAGACGUCAAAUCACUAUUGAAGAUCUCUACCAUGCCCGUAUCAUCGACCUUGAGACUUACAACCUGCUGAAGAAAGAGAAUAAGACUAUGCGUGAUGUCAUGGAUAUGCAAAGAGUUAAACAAUAUUUGUAUGGAACUGGCAGUGUUGCUGGUGUGGUGACUGAUUCAAAUUCCAAGAUGAGCAUUUAUCAAGCAAUGAAGAGAGAGCUGAUGAAGCCAGACAUUGCAAUGGCCCUCUUGGAGGCUCAAGCAGCCACUGGAUUCAUUAUUGAUCCUGUCAGGAAUGAAAUGCUCACUGUAGAUGAAGCAGUGCGUAAAGGCGUGGUGGGCCCAGAACUUCAUGAUAAGCUCCUGUCUGCAGAGAGAGCAGUCACUGGCUAUAAGGAUCCAUAUAGUGGAAAGGUGGUCUCCCUCUUCCAAGCAAUGAAAAAAGACCUUGUCCCAGAGGACUAUGCCCUAAGGCUCCUUGAAGCACAAACAGCAACAGGCGGUAUCAUUGAUCCAGAAUAUAACUUCCACUUGCCAACAGAGAUUGCCACACAACGUGGAUAUAUUAACAAAGAGACAAAUGAAAAGCUCUCAGAUGAGGUUAAGGGUUUUGUAGACCCAUUGAAUGAUGAAAAAGUUUCAUAUUCUCAGCUUCUAAAAAGAUGCAAGGUAGACAAAGAUGGGCAAUAUCUGUUGUCUCUAGGAGACAAAAGACUGCUCUUCAAAGGUCUCAGAAAAGAAAUAACAAUAGAAGAGUUAUUCCGCUCAAAAAUCAUCGAUGAACAAACAGUCAGCAAGCUUAAUGAGGGAUUACUUACAGUGGAGGAGGUGAGCAAUAGCUUGCGAAAAUAUCUUGAGGGCUCAAGCUGUAUUGCUGGCGUGUUUGUGGAGUCUACUAAAGACCGACUCUCUAUCUACCAAGCCAUGAAAAAGAAUAUGAUCAGGCCAGGCACUGCUUUCGAGUUGCUGGAAGCUCAAGCAGCCACAGGUUAUAUCAUUGACCCUAUCAAGAACCUCAAGUUAACUGUAAAUGAAGCAGUCAAGAUGGGAAUCGUCGGUCCAGAGUUCAAAGAUAAGCUCCUGUCUGCUGAGAGGGCUGUGACUGGCUAUAAAGAUCCUUAUACAGGCAAAAUGAUCUCCCUGUUCCAGGCUAUGAAAAAGGGCCUGAUUUUGAGAGACCAUGGAAUUCGUCUUCUCGAGGCCCAGAUUGCUACUGGAGGAAUCAUUGACCCAGAGCAGAGUCACCGAUUGCCAGUUGAAGUGGCCUACAACCGAGGCUUUUUCGAUGAGGAGAUGAACGAGAUCCUCAGUGACCCAUCGGAUGACACCAAGGGCUUCUUUGACCCAAACACCGAGGAGAAUCUUACCUACUUACAACUGAUGGACAGGUGUAUUGUCGACCCAGACACAGGUCUUGUGCUUUUGCUUCUUAAAGAAAAGAAACGCGAGAGACAAACGUCUUCCAAAUCCUCUGUUCGCAAACGCAGAGUCGUCAUUGUUGAUCCUGAUUCGGGUAAAGAGAUGUCUGUGUAUGAAGCCUACCGCAAAGGACUAAUUGACCAUCAGACUUACCUUGAACUUUCAGAGCAAGAGUGUGAGUGGGAAGAAAUCACAAUGACAUCAUCAGAAGGGGUUGAAAAGUCUAUACUCAUUGACCGAAGAUCAGGUCGACAGUAUGACAUUGAUGAUGCUAUUGCAAGAGGUCUUAUCGAUCAGAGUGCAAUUGAGCAGUACCGCGCUGGCACCCUCUCUAUCACAGAAUUUGCUGAUAUGUUAUCUGGAAACAUGAGUGGCUUCCGUUCCCGCUCCUCUUCAUUUGGUUCCACCUCCUCUUAUCCAAUGAGCCCCAUACCUUCCAUCAAAACUCCUGCAACUGUAUGGAAUGAUCCAACUGAGGAGACCGGUCCUGUGGCUGGAAUCCUUGAUACAGAUAGCCUAGAAAAAGUUUCCAUCACUGAAGCCAUACGUAGGAACUUAGUGGAUUCUAUAUCUGGCCAGAGACUGUUGGAGGCACAGGCUUGCACUGGUGGCAUAAUAGACCCAUCUACUGGAGAGAAAUUCUCAGCUGCUGAAGCCACAGAGAAGGGUCUUUUAGACAAGAUAAUGGUUGACAGACUCAACUUGGCCCAGAAAGCUUUCCAUGGGUUUGAGGAUCCUCGCACUAAAGUCAGAAUGUCUGCUGCUAAGGCUCUCAAGAAAGGCUGGCUUUACUAUGAGGCAGGGCAACGUUUCCUGGAAGUGCAGUAUCUCACUGGUGGCCUUAUUGAGCCGGAGGCUGAGGGACGAAUCUCCCUAGAGGAGGCAAUCAGGAAAGGUGCUAUUGAUGGCCGUACAGCACAAAAGCUCAGAGAUGUGAGUGCUUACACAAAAUACCUUACUUGCCCCAAAACCAAACUGAAGAUCUCCUACAAAGAUGCCAUGGACAGAAGCAUGGUUGAAGAGGGAUCUGGCCUUAGGCUUCUGGAAGCAUCAUCAGUAUCCAGUAAAGGUCUCUACAGUCCUUACAAUGUCAGUGGUGCCGCAUCUGCUUCUGGUUCUCGGUCUGGAUCCAGGACAGGCUCUAGGUCAGGUUCAAGAAGAGGCAGCUUUGAUGCUACUGGCUCUGGAUUCAGCCUGAACUUCUCAUCAUCCUCAUAUACUUCCUCUGGUUACAGCCGCAGAUUUUAAAGCUGGACCUCAAAACAAACCUACCACAUGGUCCUGCAGCUUUCAUAAUCAAUGCUGACUCUAUACACUAGUUAGAUAAGACACAGAAAUUAAUUCAAGAAAGAAAAAAAUAAUCACUUUAUUCUGCUUUGCAUGUGUUUGGUAUAGGAAAUUGCAUUCCAAAAACUACCAGUAUCUUUUUGUCUGGCAAUGGUUAAGUUCCCAUUUUAUGUAUUUUAGAACUAUUGCCUGGUUAGCUUUAAUCAUAGUUGUCUAAUUUAGGUUUAAUUCAGUUCAUACAUAUAUUGCAUAUUUUCAAAGUGAUAUUUUUCUUUUCUUGUUUUAUACUAAGUACAGCAUCUAAAAUCAGGAAAAGUUCAAAUACAACAAAUUACAUUUUGGAGAUUUUUUUUUAAAUCAAACUCUGAUUAGACUGUAUUCAAUAUUACUUACUAUUACAUUUCUACAUUUUAUUUUAGGAAAUUAUUUUUAUACUUGGGUUUAUUUAAGCAUAAUGUACCAGAAAAAUAUACCAAGUUUUAAAAAAAAAAGUAAUUAGAUUAAGAAAGAGUGUGGUUGUUUUUACAUAUUUGUAUAGAUUUGAUGGAUGGAUAUAUUAGAGGAUGCUAGCCAUCAUAGCAAAUAAAAGUUGCCGCUGGUUUCACAGAAUAUAAAAAACCACUACACCUAUACAUAAACACUAAAGGAGGAGCAAGCACUUUGUACAACAAGCCAAUUUUAAUGUCCCCUAAAACUGGAUGUUAUUUUUGUUAUGAAAGUCCAUUUUUCAUUUACUGGAUCCAGUCCGUCUCCAAAGUCCUUUAAAAAAAAAAAAGAGUCCUCAAGGCCCAGAUUUACUGUCAGUCCUCCACUGAUGUGAUAUCCAAUGAAGAUUUCAGAUGGUUCAGGUGUCUGAUCCAUUCCUCACUCACAACAUCUGGGCAGAUCUGGAUGAAAUGUAGUACUUAGAUCAUCGGUUACUAGAUAUGGACACCUUGAUGAUGCCUCAAAUUUGGUCUUGGAUCUGGAGAUGAAUGAUGCUCAUGAGAAGCCCACAUUCUUAGACAUUCAGAGCCUCACUGGAGGUUUCCUCCUUCCAUUGCAUCUGCCAUUUACAUGAAGACACUAGAGGCUAGGGCUACCUUGAAGUUUGCCUUGGAUAUCAUAUCAAGAACUGACACUUUAGUGGACUGCUCCUGUUUUCAUCAGCCGGGAGCUGGACUUUGGAGUUUACACAAAAUCAUUCAAAACAACAAAAGAAUUGGAUCCAUUCAAUUUAUCUUAAUGUGGACUUUUAUGUAGAAUCAAGAGUUCUAUUGCCUACAUUGUUUCUUGCCCCAAUAUGAGUUAUUAAAUAAAGCACUCAAUGCAUUAGAUACAGUAUGCAAACCAUGGUAUUGCAUUACACAUUUACAUAAUACAAAUAAAUACUGAUUACUUCUUUGACAAUGUAUUUAGGCUCAUUUAGUGUACGGCAAUUUAAUUUUUCAUUUGUACAUUUCCUGUGCCAAAAAAACAAAACAAAACAUGUUUUGGUCAUUUGCUGCCUCCCAUGUAUUUCUUUGCUGGUUUUUAUAUUAAUUGUACUUGACUUGACUUUUUUCUUUCUUUGCUUUUUUUGAUGUUGUAUAUGUAAAAUAUUUUUUGCAUGUUUUACUAACUUGCUAUAAAGUGCUCUAAAAAGAUGAAGAAUAGAUGUUUGAAUUUACACCAAUAUAUGGAUGAUUAUAUGACUAAAAGAUGUAUGAAAUACUAACUGGUGGAUGAACUUUUUCCUUACGAGAUAGUGGUAAUAAAGAGUGAGUUAAUAGCACUAUACUCAAGUGUAAAUAAAUAUUAUUUUGGAAAGAUCA